AUGGCGGCCUCGGAUGGUGACAACCAGGAAUUGGUCAAGAAGUACAGCCUUCUUGCCCAGCUGAUACCCAACCUGGACCGACACAUGGCAUACCCGCUGCUGAACUUUUUGGAAGACCAAACCCCGGAAGACGAGGACAUCAGCGAUAUCACACAAAUGAAAUAUGCGCUCCUCAAGGAGACCAACAUGUUCGAUUUUGUCGGUGACCUUUAUGCACAAUUAAACGGAUUGAAGGAGAGACCACAGGAGUACACCAAGAAGCGUGAGGAUGUGUUGGCUCGGCGGGAAAAGUUUGAGGAGGAGACGGAGAAGAUCCAGAAUCUGUUGGGCGACACGGAUGUCAUCAACAACUUGCGAUCGGACAAGACGAGCAAUAUGAACUUCUUGAAGGAGACGCACAAUGUCACUCCCCAAAUGGUGGACCAGCUAUACGAAUUCGGCCAAUUUCAAUAUGCCUGCGGAGAUUACGGCAGCGCAUCAGAGCUGCUCUACCAAUUCCGUAUUCUUUCCACCGACAACGACAAAGUCAACGCGGCGACGUGGGGAAAACUGGCUGCGGAUAUUCUGAGUGUCAACUGGGAGAGCGCAUUGGAGGAGGUGACCAAGCUCAAGGAGAGCAUCGAGUCUCGUCUGUUCAACAACCCUCUCGCACAACUUCAACACCGGACAUGGCUAUGCCACUGGUCACUCUUUCCUUUCUUCAACUACGAGCCUGCGCGAGAGACCCUCACGGAGUUGUUCUUUUCACCUGCCUACAUCAACACCAUCCAGACCUCAUGCCCUUGGAUUCUACGGUAUCUCUGCGCAGCCAUCAUCACCAACCGAAACCGACCCAGCGGUAAGAGCAACUUUGUCUACGGCAACUACCAGAAGCAAUUGAAGGAUCUCGUCCGGGUCGUCCGCCAGGAGCAGUACGAGUACAACGAUCCUGUAACGAGCUUCGUCAAGGCGCUGCUCUUGGACUUUGACUUUGAGGAAGCUCAAAAGCGGCUGCUGGAGGCAGAUGAGAUUCUUCGAGCGGACUUCUUCUUGGUCGCUUCAGCCGAUGCUUUCCUCGAUGCUGCCCGCCACCUCAUCUCUGAGUCAUAUUGCAAAAUUCACCAGCGGAUUGAUAUUAAGGAUCUCUCCACCCGCUUGGGUCUUACGCAUGCCGAAGGUGAGAAGUGGAUUGUUAACCUCAUCCGCGACACGCGUGUGGAUGCGAAGAUCGAUUACAAGGCCGGCACGGUCUUGAUGAACCACCCGCCAGUGAACGUCUACCAGCAGGUCAUCGAGCGGACCAAGGGUGGUUUCUUCCGGACUCAAGUGCUGAGCCAGGCUGUUGGAAAGUGA